CUUCACAUGGAAAGCAUCAAGGUAAGAAAAGGGUCCCCACUGUCUGUUCACAGAAGUGAUCCAGUAAAAGCAGAAGAGGAUGGGCAAUACCUUGACUUUUGCUCCCAGCCCCAUCCACCAGAACAACUCCAACCUCUCCUGGCCAGCAGAGGGCACUAACAGGACAGACUUUGACGGAACAGACUUUGACUUUUAUGUGAUUAGCCUUCUCCUUUCCUGCUUCUAUAUGGUCGUGCUGUUCCCGCUUGGCCUUGUGGGUAAUGUCCUGAUCCUGCUGGUGAACUCUGACCCUCGGCAGCGUGCCAGCAACCCAGAUGUGUACUUCACUAACCUGGCGCUGGCCGACCUGGUCCUGGUGCUGGACUCGCUGAUCGAGGUGUUUAACCUGAGCGCACAUUACUACGAUAAUGCCUUGCUGUGCACCUGCAUGGCUCUCUUCCUGCAGGUACACAUGUACAGUAGCGUCUUCUUUCUCACCUGGAUGAGCCUAGACCGUUGUGUCGCACUCACUGGCCUCUCACCCAGGGCAAUGCAUGCGGACGGCUCGGCGGCCCGCAGGGUGUGCACCGCCAUCUGGGCAGCGGCUAUAGCCUGCACCCUGCUGCCAUUUGCAGCGGCCCACGCUCGUCAUGGCUGGGGGCGGGGCUUCUGCUUUGCAGGCAUGGCUGAGGUGCAGUGGCUAGAGGUGACGCUUGGCUUUGCGGUGCCAUUCUGCGUUAUGGGCGUGUGCUACAGCCUCAUUGGGCGAGUGUUGCUACGCUCGGAACGUCCGCGCCGGGCCAAAGCACUGCGCAUGAUUGUGACCACAGUGGGCGUGUUCUUCGCAUGCUGGCUGCCUGAGAACGUGUUCAUCAGCACGCACCUGCUGAGCGGCACCGCUGAGCCCCUGCGGCGCCGGCGCAAUGGCACGCUGUGGCAGCAGUACCCGCUUUUAGGUCACGUGGUCACGUUGGCCGCGUGCGCCAACAGCUGCCUAAACCCUCUGGUCUACGGCCUGCUGGGACAAACCUUUAGACGCAAACUGAAACUGUUCCUUGAGCACCACGUUCACUGCCUCCACAUGCAGCCCCCACAUGUGACCCACAUGCGCCUCCAUGCAAGAUAAGUUCACACACUAUGUGUGCACUCACACAUAGUGUGAGCUCAGGAGGACAAGUGUGAGCUCAGAAUCAAACCAGAAAGAAUGUGUGUGAGCAGUGUGAGGGAUGGAGUUGAGACCAACACCCUCCCCACCCUCAACAGACACACAGGAAGGACACCAACUUCUCCAACACUUAACCAACAAAAGAUUGAGACUUCCUGUCCAUAACUGUUUUCUUUAAGUUGUACUGCAUAACAGCAAAUCUUCCAGUAUGUGUAUGACAACACCAAAUACUGGUGUUUUUUUAGGGAUUACAUGACAACUAAGGAAUAUGAGAAGCGGUUUUGCACUGCUGUUCUAAUAUGUUUGCACUUUCUACUUUUCUGUUAGGAAUGGGAUUUAGAAAUGAGGGACUGCUCCCAGAUUUCAGUGAAAAAUAACAACUGCAUGUCAUGGGUUUGAGGUUUGUCAUUUAUGCGAUGGAACCAAAUGUUCGGCACUAAACUUAUCUUAGAAACGAAUUCUCUCCAAUCCCUGUAUGUUUAUGUUUGGGCAAAAAGAAAGCUUGCGCCUAUGCAUCUUUUGACAAUACCCCAAUUUAUAAUAGACCAUGAAUUAUGCUGUAUGUAAUAACACCACUGCUUUGCAUUGCGGCUAAUAAACCAGCAGUGUGACCAAUUUCAUACAUGUAUGAAAUUAUGCUUUCACUGUGGUUCCACCAGCUGAUCUUUGAGACCAAUCAAAAGAAUCUAGCCUAAAUCAGCCAUGAAAGGCCUGUUAUUGGAAGCAGGUGAAAGUGUAGGGGAGAUUGGCAGACUACUCUAGAAGGCACCAUGCCACUACACUGAA